AUGACCGGAACAUAUACCCGAGACGAGGUCAAGAAGCACACUGAAGAGGACGACAUCUGGUUCAUCAUUGACCACAAAGUAUACGAUGUCAGCGAUUUCGUCGACGCCCACCCUGGAGGUGAAGUCGUUCUUCGACAAGUAGCUGGGCAAGAUGCAACAGAAGCAUUCUACAAUCUCCACCGCCACGAAGUCCUCACCAACUACAAGAGCUUGCAAAUUGGCACAAUCCAGGGCGAGACCCCGGACGUCAUUACUCCACAGCCUGGUGACCUGUCAGAAGUCCCCUACGCGGAACCGAUAUGGCUCACGCCUCAAUUCUACACGCCCUACUACAACGACUCCCACCGCGCGCUCCGGAAAGAGGUCAGGAAGUUUGUGGAGGCGACCAUUAAGCCCGAGGCUAUCGAGAAGGAGAAAGAUGGCAAGCUCAUCAGCCAGGAGCUGAUUGACAAGAUGGCAGAGAACAACAUGCUUGCAUGUCGACUGGGACCUGGCAAGCACUUGCACAACCGAAAGCUAUUCGGUGGCGUUGUCGAUGGCAAGGAGUACGAUUACUUCCACGACUUGAUUGUCAGCCAGGAGAUGGUGCGAGCGAAUCAGCGUGGCUUCCAGGACGGAAAUAUGGCAGGCAUGACAAUCUCUUUGACGGCAGUACAUCAGUGGUGCAAGGACGACGAGCUUCGAGAAAGGAUCUCGCAGGAGGUCUUGUCUGGCAAGAAGAAGAUCUGUCUGGCUGUGACCGAAGCUUUCGCUGGAUCAGAUGUUGCUGGUCUCAGGACAACUGCAGAGGACAAGGGUGACCACUAUCUCGUCAAUGGCACGAAGAAAUGGAUCACCAACGGCGUCUUCUGUGACUACUUCGUGACGGGCUGCCGAACAGACAAAGGCUUCUCCGUACUCCUCAUCGAGCGCUCAGAAGAAGUCGACACCAAGCUCAUCAAGACCUCGUACUCCACUGCGGCUGGCACAACCUACAUCGAGUUCAACAACGUCAAGGUCCCCAAGCGCAACCUCCUAGGCCCAGAACACAAGGGCUUCGUCGUCAUCAUGUCCAACUUCAACCACGAACGCUGGAUGAUGUGCGGCAUGGUCGCCCGAUGGUCGCGCACAGCGCUGGAAGAGUGCAUGAAGUGGACACAUCAACGUAUAGUCUUCGGCAAGCCACUCAUCAACCAGCCAGUCAUUCGCGCGAAGCUCGCCAGAAUGAUCACACUUGUAGAAGCCCAGCAGGCUUGGACUGAGCAGAUCACGUACCAGAUGACCAAGCUGUCGUAUGAUGAGCAGGCGAAGUUGCUAUCUGGGCCGAUCGGAUUGUUGAAGAAUUUCUGCACAAGAUCUGCGAAUGAGAUUGCUGAGCAGGCUACAAACAUCUUCGGAGGAAGAGGUAUCACUCAGGGCGGCAUGGGUAGUGUCGUGGAGAUGUUCAACAGGACAAACAAGUUUGAUGCCAUCUUGGGUGGAACUGAGGAGAUUCUUGCGGAUCUUGGUGUGAGGCAGGCUAUGCGAUUCAUGCCGGCGGGCGCGAAGUUGUAG